GACAAAUGUCAAAGUAUGGCGACCAUUUACAAGACAUUACGUGUACUUAAAUAAAUAACAUUUACACGUGUCGCGUGUUAAUUUUUUUUUAAAUAUAAAAUCAAUAAAUUACUAACAUUUUGUAAUUAAAAAAAAAAAAAAUACAAAUGUCAUAGAAAUUUAAAAAAGAAAAUGAAGUUUCUGUGCUGAAAAAAUGGUUACAAUAAAUAAGUAGUUAGUAAAUAAUUGCAUACAUAAGUGAUAUGUAAAAAAAGUGAUAUAUUUAUUGGUGAAAAUGUGGGAAAAAUUUGGAUUUUAUUUAAUUGUUUUACAAACAAUUGUUGGAGGUAUUGUUUGUACCUUUAUGAGAAAUACUGACACCGAAAUACUUUACAAAAUAAAUUGGCCCGGUAAAAUAGAUACUGAACUAUCUAAUAAUUUUGAAGAGUAUCCGAUAGUGACGGCUGGUAAUGAAAAGUACACAUGCAGAAUUCCUGAAUUAAAGAAACAAGAGAAAGAAACUGAGCAGCCUUACACUGGGCCUAAUCCUAUUGAAUUACUGGCUCCUUUGUUCGAUCAAAAAUUAUGUUCCUUCAAGUUGGAAUCAUACUGGACAUAUGAAAUUUGUCAUGGUAGAUAUGUCAAGCAGUAUCACGAAGAGAGAGAAGCAAGAGGUCAGAAGAUAAAAAAGCAAGAAUAUUUUCUUGGUACCUUUGAUAAACUCCAGCGAUCAAAGUUGUCAGCGGAGUACGACGAAAGAGCAAAAAAUCCCGAAAAAAAAUAUGAAGUACCGACGAAAAAAUUUGAGGGAAUACGAAUGCCAUAUGUUGAAGUAAAAAUGACUGAUGGCACUGUCUGUGAUCUGAGCAAUAAGCCCCGCACAAUAAAACUGCUUUACGUAUGCCAUCAAAUGGGCAAACAUGAAAUUUAUUCACUCGAAGAAGUAUCUAGUUGUGAAUACGAGGCCAUUAUUUUGUCACCCUUCAUCUGCAGUCAUCCUGACUACGACCCACGUCUUACUGAUGAAGAUGAAAUAACUUGUAUCCCUGAGGACAAGUCACCUAAGAAACCUAAAGCACUUGCUGCUCUAGAAGCUGAAAGUCUCAAACUCCGGCAUCAAAAAGUCUCGGAAGAGAAGCCACAGAAAGUCGUUGCGAUUCUCCGUGUAGAUAAGGACACUCAGGAUGGAGAACCACAGCUGCGUAUUGAGCUUCACCCAGCUGACGCUAUUGAGAAAAACGGAGAAGAGUAUCUGAGUUCACUGCUGGACAUGAGUUCUGUACCAUCUGAUACUAAUCCUGUCCAAAGUUUCCUCAGUGGGAAACAAUGUUUGCACGGGGGAGACGGCUGGUGGAAAUACGAAUUUUGUUACGGCAAAUCUGUGGUUCAGUAUCACGUUGAAAAAAGCGGUAACAAAAUAACGAUUGAUCUUGGAAAGUUUGAUAAGAAAAAACACAUUGACUGGAUUGAGGCUCAUCCUCAGAAACGACCUAAGCCUCUGGAGCAACGGAAACAACUGUCGCACUUUUACAGCGACGGAAGUUACUGUGAUGAGAUGAAAAAGAGGAGACAGACUGAAGUAAGACUGAAGUGUGUUGAAGUCUCUGGCAGCCCAUCGAGUGUCUCGCUAUUUUUACUAGAACCCAAAACCUGUGAGUACAUUCUAGGAGUAGAGUCACCUCUUAUUUGCAAUAUACUUGAGCACGCUGACGAAAACGGACUUAUCAAUGAGCCAGCUGGCUUUGACUUUGAUUCUCUUAAAAGCACACCAGUAUCUCCAAAGAAAGAAGAAGUGGAAGAUAAAAAGAGGACUUCCGAUGAGUUAUAGUUUAUAAUAAAUAAUAAAUAAGCGCAUAAUAUUAUUUUGUUUUUGUAAGAGAUAUUAAUUCUCUAAAUAAAUAAUGUUGUACAAUAA